AUGGCGAACAAUCUGUCUCAAUCUAUUCAACUCUAUCUGUCUAUCUAUUGCAGAUAUACAUAUCUGUCUGUCUGUUCAUAUCUAUCUAUUUCAGUCUGUUCAUUAUCUAUCUAUCUGUCUAUCUCAGUUCAUACCUUAUCUAUCUCAAUCUGUUCAUCUCUAUCUAUCUAUUUCAGUCUGUUCAAAUCUAUCUAUCUAUCUCAGUUCAUACCUUAUCUACUCAUCUAUCUCAAUCUAUUCAUCUCUAUCUAUCUAUUUAUCUAUCGAUUUCAGUCUGUUCAUAUCUAUCUAUCUAUCUAUCUAUCUAUCUAUCUCAGUUCAUACCUUAUCUAUUUAUCUAUCUAUCUCAGUCUGUUCAUAUCUAUCUAUUUAUCUCUCUCAAUCUAUUCAUCUCUAUCUAUCUAUUUAUCUAUCUAUCUCAGUCUGUUCAUAUCUAUCUAUCUAUCUAUCUAUCUCAGUUCAUACCUUAUCUAUUUAUCUAUCUCAGUCUGUUCAUAUCUAUCUAUUUAUCUCUCUCAAUCUGUUCAUCUCUAUCUAUCUAUUUCAGUCUGUUCAUAUCUAUCUCUCUAUCUAUCUAUCUAUCUAUCUCAGUUCAUAACCUUGUCUAUUUAUCUAUCUAUCUCAGUCUGUUCAUAUCUAUCUAUUUAUCUCUACCAGUCUGUUCAUCUCUAUCUAUCUAUCUCAGUCUGUUCAUAUCUAUCUAUCUAUCUAUCUAUCUAUCUAUCUAUCUAUCUAUCUAUCUCAGUCUGUUCAUAUCUAUCUCUCUAUCUAUCUAUCUAUCUAUCUCAGUUCAUAACCUUGUCUAUUUAUCUAUCUAUCUCAGUCUGUUCAUAUCUAUCUAUCUAUCUAUCUAUCUAUCUAUCUAUCUAUCUCAGUCUGUUCAUAUCUAUCUAUCUCAGUCUGUUCAUAUCUAUCUAUCUAUCUAUCUAUCUAUCUAUCUCAGUCUGUUCAUAUCUAUCUAUCUAUCUAUCUAUCUAUCUAUCUAUCUAUCUAUCUAUCUCAGUCUGUUCAUAUCUAUCUAUCUCAGUCUGUUCAUAUCUAUCUAUCUAUCUAUCUAUCUAUCUAUCUAUCUAUCUCAGUCUGUUCAUAUCUAUCUAUCUAAAUAGCUAG